AUGAUAGGGGAUGUUUUGUGGUCUAUGCACGGCAGAGCCCAAAGAGUAAACCAAUUUUUCUGCCUCAAGAGAUGGAUUAAGACACAUAGUUGUGGUGCUGAUGUUCGUACUUCAAAAAAUCCAAGCCUCAGCUCUGAUUUAGUGUCAAAUAUUGUAUCUGAACGUGUUAGGGACAGACCACCAACGUGCCCCACUGAUGUGGCAUAUACUUUCAAGGCAGUCUAUGGACUUGAUAUCAGCUACCAUGUUGCAUGGUUAGGUGUUGAGAAGGCGAGGAAGGCUAUGCAUGGUGAUUACACAACAUCAUUUGACCAAUUGAGAUGGUACGGUGAUGCUGUUAAGCUGGUUUUGUUUUUCGAAUUGUUUCCAGUAGCCUUUGCAAUUGUUGAUUCGGAGAGUGAAUCCAAUUGGUCAUGGUUUCUAUAUGAAUUGUCAAAGGUAAUUACUGAUGAUAGAUGCUUGACGUUUGUAUUUGAUCAUAACUUAGGCCUUUUGGAAGCAAUGCCAAAGGCAUUCCCAUUAGCAUAUCGUGGAUGGUGUUUACAACACCUAAAGAAUAAGUUUAGUGACAAGUUAAAAGGUAAGGAGAAUGGUUUCAAGGAACACCUAAUAGGGAAGUUGAGUGAUUGUGCAUCUGAACCUACUGUGACGGGUUUUCAUACAUUACUAGAAUAG